AUGCAGCCUCGCAUCCGUCCCAAGGUCGUUUUGAGUAAGGAAGCACGCAGCAUGCUUAACGCCAACCGACGGACCAAGUCCCAUCAGUUCAAGGUUGCACUUGAUGACACUUGGAAUCAGAUUGACGAUGCUACGAAGACCAUCGCUUCAGCCCACCAUAAAAGUGUUCGCCGCGUGCAGAAUGACUUGUACAUUGGUCAUGGAAUACUUCACUCUAGGCGCUCCAAGCUGAAUGCGUGGAAUGCGUUCUGUUGGAAAAAAAACCAAAACAGUGAGAAUCGUGACCAAGGCAGACGCGCACUCGAGCAGCUUGUUCAUGAGCAUAAGGCCGAGUACUAUACGCUCUCAAAGGAAGAACAACAAGACCUGGUCAAGGAGUAUGCCGAACAGAAGUUGACAAAGAUGACUGGUUUCCGCACCUCCACCAAGUCGAAGAUCAACGAUAUUACUCAAACUCUAAAGGCCGUUGAAAAUGAACUCAAUAGCUUGAACUGUCGCACAGGUGCAGAAAUUAUUCUAUAUGUGACGCAUGGGUCAACCGAUCUCCCCCUCCGAGGCAUAACCUUUGCAACAGAAGGUGUACAACACUUCAUGCAGUCUGUGAUGAGUAUCGACAAUCAAGAUUUGAUUAAUAAAAUGGAAGGUUUUGCUGUCCAAGGCAUGAGAGGGGCUGCUAAAAAUCACAAACAACGUGUCUCUGACAUAUGCUUGUCCAUCCACGACAUUAUCAACCGCACUCUUCAUAAGUUCCUCCUCCUCUUUUCUGAGGUCACUGGCGACUCCGAUGCCAAGAUGCAAUGGGCUUAUUAUUUUCGGAAUGUUGUUCAACAUUACCAAGUUGUCAUAGAUGGGUGGCCCGAAAGUGUUCCGUUUGCGAACCUCAGCAAGGUAUCUAGCACCCUCCCUGAGCUUGAGAUGCUCCUUCGGAAGUGGGAGUUGGGUACCACACGUUGGAAGACUUUGACUGACGAAGAUUUUGAGAAAAUCCAUCUAGAGCAUAACAAGAAGCUCGAGAGUGGUGAGAUCGAAGAUACUCGCCGACGGAUUCGAUCUGACAAAGGCAAGAAACGUAAGAGGCCAGCAGCCACUGAUGGAAACUCGACUAGCCGCAAGAAGUACAAGAGUGUAGAAACUAUCGAAGACACUGACAAGGAAAAUGACAAGGAAGAGGAAGAGGACACUCCUCAUCAGCCGUCUGAUAGCACUUCCAACACCACCCCUACCCCUCAUGUACCUGGCAGUACUCAGUCCAGCAACGAAUUCGACGCUCUUGCUCUUUCACAUUCUAACUUCGACAUUCCACCUUUUGACGAUUCUAUCUUCAAUGACUCUACCUCCAAUGGCCCUCCCUUCGACUGUGAAGCUGCAUUGGCUAAGCUAGACCAAAUCUUUGGCCCCAUACCCCAGGAUGGCCCAUCAACCAUUGUGCCAUCAUCUGUUGGCCGUGGUCUUGACUUUCCUGUGUUUAACUUCUCUAACUGUGAUAUAUUCAGCUCUACGUCCUGA